UCAUAUUACAAAGAUGGCGUUUCUUGAAUGUGGUGAGAUUUGAAUUGGAAAAUUGCAAUCAAAUCAGACUAAAAUUAGUUAAUUUUUUGAUCAUUUUAAUUCAAAUAACUCACAAUUUUUAAUUUUAAGAAAUCUCAAGCCCUUAAUAGGGUACUGCCAUCUAGCUAAUUUUUUGUUGUAACACACUUCACUCUUGUUGUUCAAUCUUUAUUUGUAAAGAGGCGUUUUCAUCUGUCAAUUGUGCUUUUUUAUUCCGAAUUAUUGAAUUAAUUCAACUUUAAUCAUGUUAGUCCUAGUUCUUGGUGAUACUCACAUUCCAUACCGAUCGCAUAAUCUUCCAAGUAAAUUUAAGAAACUACUGGUUCCAGGUCGUAUUCAUCAUAUUCUUUGCACCGGUAACUUGUGCACCAAAGAGACAUAUGAUUACCUGAAAACAUUAGCUUCUGAUGUUCAUGUUGUUAGAGGAGAUUUUGAUGACAUUGGUUUAAAUUAUCCAGAGCAAAAAGUUGUCACAGUGGGACAGUUUCGUAUUGGACUUUGUCAUGGUCAUCAAAUAGUACCCUGGUCAGACGCAAAGAGUUUAGCUCUUCUCCAAAGACAACUUGAUGUUGAUAUACUCAUAACUGGACAUUCCCAUAAAUUUGAAGCCUAUGAAAGAGAUGGAUGUUUCUAUAUUAACCCAGGAUCAGCUACCGGAGCUUAUGGACCUCUUGAUAGUAAGGUUAUUCCGUCUUUUGUGCUAAUGGACAUUCAAUCAACAUCGGUAGUCAUCUAUAUUUACCAGUUGAUCGAUGAUGAAGUGAAGGUCGAAAGAAUUGAACACAAAAAGCCAUAGUUCUUAAAAUUUCUAACAUGAACCUCCUGUCAAUUUACCUGCUGUUUACAUUUUUUGCAAUCUCUGUAAAAUUUAUCUCGUUAUAUUAACAAGUAUCAAAAAAAGGAUAAAAUAUUCGCAUGAUAUUCAAGGGAUUGUGAUUUUUUGUUUAUCAAGUCGUGGACAUAAUUUAUUUUUGCUAUUGGAGCUCAAUUUACCAUGAGUCUGCUAUUUGAAAUCAAAAGGACAAACAAUUGGAUCGAUUGAUGCCUUGUAUGCUAAAUACGCCUAGCUCUAAUGAUAUAGUAAUCUUAUACAGCAUUGUGUGAAGUCGAUAAUAUUGAGAAACUCACAGUUCCAAAUCCAUAUUUUCUCAGUUACAAAAUGAAUUUAUUCAUGGUUUA